AUGGGGGUGAGUGUGCGAGUGAGGGUGAGUGUGCGAUUGGGGGUGAGUGUGCGAGUAGGGGUGAGAGUGCGAGUGGGGGUGAAUGUGCGAGUGGGGGUGAGUAUGCCAGUGGGGGUGAGUGUGCGAGUGGGGGUGAGUGUGCCAGUGGGGGUGAGUGUGAGAAUGGGGGUGAGUGUGCGAGUGGGGGUGAACCUGUGUGUUGUCUCUGGCAAGGAGUGUGGCCUCGAUGCUGAUUGCACUGCGUAUGGGACCGAUCCUGUGUGCGAGUGCAACAUGGACGGUUGUCUCUUUAACGAGCUUGACAAGACGUGCUUCGACCCGAUGGUGCAGACGGCGAUGCAGCUGAGUGGGCGCAACAUCAAGGAGCGCCUCACCUUCUCCACCUCGGUGCCGGCAGAGCAGGCCAGCGCCACCACCGUGUGUAGCGAUCUGAGCUCCAGAAUUGGCAAUGCCAAGAUCACCGUCACGUGGGAUGCCCCGAAGGCUAGAGCUGGCAAGGGCAACGCCAUGUGCAAGAGCGUGACAUUCUACACCGGCAAGGGCUGCACGGGCCAGCACGGCCUGACCAUCGCACGUCUUGCGAAGAAGGGCCCGUUCCUACCCCACCACGAAAAGGCUUGUCAAAGCUGCAUAUUUAGUUGGAUGCCAUCUCAGGUUUCUGGCUGGAUAGGAAGGAGUAGAGGCAUAAGAGGCAGCCUUAGAAAAUACCCAUCUAAACCCGUCACACAGAGGCAUGAGGACAUCGUCACUGACCCCUCCCCCCGGUGUGUGUUUGUGGCAGGAGGAGGAGGAUGCAGAGGGCAAGGCGGAGAUGAGGGCGUAAGCAGAGUGGGAGGAGAUGAAGCGACUGAGGGCGUAGCAGCUGGAGGACCAGGUGGGUGUGGUGUGGGGUUCAGAUUCAGGGUGUGUGGUAUAGGGCAUGAGAAUGCUGAGGUUCAGGAAUUUCCCGACGAGGUGGACACACCUGACGACAUCCCGGCCCGCCAGCGCUUUGCCAAGUACCGCGGACUCAAGUCCUUCCGCUCCUCGCUGUGGGACCCCAAGUGUGCUUUCCACUUCUUUGCCACUCACAGGAGUCCCUCCCCCCUGAUUCCUUCCCCCGGCCCUCUUUUCCCUGAUCCCCUCCCUUUCCCCCACCCUCCCUUUCCUCAGAGCGUCUGCCGCAUGAGUCGACCAAUUUGUUUGCUGGUGGUGAAUGUCGGUGGUGGUGGUGGUGGUGGUGGUGGUGGUGGUGGUGGUGGUGGUGGUGGUGGUGGUGGUGGUGGUGGUGGUGGUGGUGGUGGUGGUGGUGGUGGUGGUGGUGGUGGUGGUGGUGGUGGUGGUGGUGGUGGUGGUGGUGGUGGUGGUGGUGGUGGUGGUGGUGGUGGUGUAACUGUUGUUUGGUGGUGCCCCACCUUUUCAACGGACGAUAUCAACCUCGACAAUCACAAGUUCGAUGCCCCACCUUCUCAACGGACGGCAUCAACCCCCCACCCCAACCUCUCCCCACCUUGCUACCCAAUCCCCCCCUCUUCCCCCCCAGCCCCACCUUCUCCACGGACCCCCACCUUCUCAACGGACGACAUCAACCUCGACAAGCACAAGUUCGAGCACUUCCUGCUCCCGGGAAGGUUUGCGGUAGCUUCCAUCUUCGCACCCACGCUCUUCCCGCCGCACCCCCUCCUCGUCUUCGUCGAUCCGUCCUCUGCCAAUCAGCACACAGGAGAGGGCGUGGGGGGAGGGAGCGUGGGGGGAGGGAGUGUGGGAGGGGGAGGAGCUGCAGCUGGCGGCAACUAG